UGUGACAUCCAGGAAAUGAGUAACUCCGCCGCGCUGGGGGCCGCGCGGAUGGAGGCGCGAGGGCGGGAGCCGGCCGUGGAGCCGCCGCCCCCGUCCUUCUAAGCGCCGGGCGGGACGCGAACCGCGGCCUCCGGGCCCUGGGGCCCCGCGCGCGCUGCGGGGCUGGCGCGGUCCCCGCGGAGGCCGGGAGGGGACGAAGGCCGGCCUUUCUGGCUUCCAGGUGAUGGGACUCAGAAGCCCCAAGGCCGGGCUUCCCAUCCCAAAUGCUCCUCUUUAGAAAUCAAAAUGCUGCCAGCCAAGAAGGGGGAAGAUAUUUUACGGAGCCACUCAGGGAUCACACAUCCCCUGCCUGGUGUGAGAAGGAACCGCCUUCAAAACUAGAAGAGCUCCAGAUGCCGGGCAGAUCCUGGAACCUGGCCUUUGGGAUCUGAAUCAGUUUGAGAAUCCUGUUCUGUUUUCUUAUUACUCUUUUGGAUUUGACCCAGAGCCCUUCUUGCCUUUUACAAGCCAGUUGUGCCCCGGAGGGGCUGCCAGAAAGCGUACUGCCCUUCUAUCCGAGUGGCCCACCCCCUGACAUCAGCAGAAUGGAAGCACCUGGAAGGUGACAUCACUGUUGCCCACGGCAACACCUCCACCUUAAGGCAACUGAGAGGAAUAAGAACCACUCCAACUGUAGGACUGAUGUUGAAGGGAAGGAGCAUAGAAGGUGUGACAUCCCAGGUCCAGAAAUGCCAGGUGGGAAUCUGGGGACCAAGGGAGACGCUUCGGUGCACGCUCGCUGUAGGAAACGCAUCCUUCCCUAGAACGGAGGACUUGUGCGAUACCUUCUUUUGAAAGCGGUCCACCUCUGGGGCCUGAAUAUGUGUGCACGCUGAAUUCUGCUACCGCUGGAUCCCGCUUCUGGUUCCUGUUAGUUGUCCAGCUAUGUGUGGGAUAGAAUCACAUCUGAGAAGCAGGCUUUACCCACCUGUGGCAACCUGGGUCGUGUACAUCCUGGCACUGCUGGCUAGGACCUGCAGAGCUGUCUUCACCUGAUGACACACACCUGUUCUUGGCACCAUUAGGGAAAGUUCCAGCCAUGGCUCUGGAGCUCUUCCGGGUGUGUCUGGUGGUGGUGACAGCCAUCAUCAACCACCCACUGCUGUUCCCCCGGGAGAAUGCCACAGUGCCCGAGAACGAGGAGGAGAUCAUCCGCAAGAUGCAGGCGCACCAGGAGAAGCUGCAGCUGGAGCAGCUCCGCCUGGAGGAGGAGGUGGCCCGGCUGGCAGCUGAGAAGGAGGCCCUGGAGCACGUGGCAGAGGAAGGGCAGCAGCAGAAUGAGAAUCGCACAGCCUGGGACCUGUGGAGCACCCUCUGCAUGAUCCUCUUCCUGGUGAUCGAGGUGUGGCGGCAGGACCACCAGGACGGGCCUUCCCCGGAGUGCCUGGGCGGGGACGAGGACGAGCUGCCCGGCCUGGAGGGCGCCCCGCUCCGGGGCCUCACCCUGCCCAACAAGGCCACCCUCCACCACUUUUAUGAGCAUUGCAUCCGGGGCGCCACGGCCGACGCGGCCCGCACCCGGGAGUUCGUGGAAGGCUUCGUGGAUGACUUGCUGGAAGCCCUGAGGAGCCUCUGCAACCGGGACACGGACAUGGAGCUGGAGGACUUCAUCGGCGUGGACAGCAUGUACGAGAACUGGCAGGUGGACAGGCCGCUGCUGUGCGACCUCUUUGUGCCCUUCAUGCCCCCCGAGCCCUACCACUUCCGCCCGGAGCUCUGCUGCUCCCGCCGCUCGGUGCCCUUGGGCCUCCAGGGCUACGGCCAGAUCAAGGUGGUCAGGGCCGAUGAGGGUGCGCUGGGCUGCAUCUGCGGCAAGACCACGCUCGGGGACGACAUGCUGUGUCUCCUCCACGGCAGGAGCAGCGUGGCGCGGCCCGGCGGCGAGCUGGAGAGCCUGCUGUGCGCCGCAGACUCCCCGUACCUGGACGCGAUGCGGGUCAUGAAGUGGUUCCAGAGGGCCCUCACCCGGGCCUGGCACCGCAUCGCCCACAAGUACGAGUUCGACCUGGCCUUUGGUCAGCUGGACCGCCCCGGCUCCCUGAAGAUCAGGUUCCGCUCGGGGAAGUUUAUGCCCUUCAACCUGAUUCCUGUGAUCCAGUGUGACGACUCGGACCUGUACUUUGUCUCCCACCUUCCCAGGGAGCCCUCGGGGGAGGCCCCGGCGUCCAGCACUGACUGGCUCCUGUCCUUCGCCGUCUACGAGCGGCACUUCCUCAGGGUGACCUCGAAGGCCCUGCCUGAGGGCGCCUGCCACCUCAGCUGCCUGCAGAUCGCCUCCUUCCUGCUCUCCAAGCAGAGCCGCCUGACCGGCGCCAGCGGGCUCGGCAGCUACCACCUGAAGACGGCCCUGCUGCACCUCCUGCUCCGCCGCCGGCCGGCCGACUGGAAGGCCGGGCAGCUGGACGCUCGCCUGCGGGAGCUGCUCCGCUUCCUGGAGAAGAGCCUGCUGGAGAAGAAGCUCCAUCACUUUUUCAUUGGCAACCACAAGGUGCCCGACGGCAUGGGACUCCCGGAGGCCGUUCGCCGGGCCGAGCCUCUCAACCUCUUCAGGCCCUUCGUCCUGCAGCGAAGUCUCUACCGCAAGACGGUGGACUCCUUCUAUGAGAUGCUGAAGAACGCGCCGGUGCUCAUCAGCGAGUAUUCCCUGCACAUCCCCUCAGACCACGCCGGCCUGCCCCACAAAGCUGCGGUCUCGUAGAGCGGCCGGGACCCAGAGGGCCAGGGCGCGGGGCAUCCCACGUGUCCACACCUCCGGGGGCAUCUGCAGGCCCUGGCCCAGGACGAUGGUGGGCUCUGUCGGGCGCCAUGGCCCAGCCCACCAAAGAAGCCAGGCCCUGCGGCACGGAGGAAACAGAACCCCAAGCCGGAAGCUGCUUUGCCCUCGUGCCGCCGGGGCCUACCGAUGAGGCUAUUGUCUGGGUCUGGUUGAUCCUUUGCAGCUUACUUUUGGAUCACCCCAUAUGGCCAAGGUGACAACUGAAAUACUCUCUGGUCACUGAGGUAAAGGCAGCACAAACAUCGACUUGGGUGUGACUUUUACAUUUACUUGAGUAUCAACAGAGGGUCUCCAGGAGUGCUGAUGGGGACACGUGUUGAGACCCCGCACCCUGAGGCUGUAUCUACAGCCAAGACAGGAUGGGGCAGUUUUGGGAGUUUGCAACCUUCCAUCUCCAGCCUGCACAGGAGGGGCCCACCUGUGGCUGCCAUUUUUUAAACUAUUUGGAGAAAAGACAUAGGAGAAGUCCAAGGCCCAGAGGGGCCAAUGUCCUUGUUGCACAGAAGUGGGUACUUGGUGGCAGAGAGAAGUUUCGAUCGGCCGCUUUUUUAGCUACGUGUCUCGCUCAAGGUGCGCCCCCUUCUCCCCACCCCUUCCCCCAGGGUGCUGUGCCCUGAGUGGCAUUGGUGCCACAUACCAUCCUAGGGACAAGCUCCAACAGCUGGUCUCUGAUCAUCUGUGUGGUGGGGGAGGGCAGAUACUGAAGAUGGAAGCUGCAAGAGACACAGGGUGACUGGGGCAAAGGGUGGAACCUUGUGCCCAGGGUGCUGAGCUCUGCCUCUGAUGCCCAGUUCAGAGAAAACAGCAGAGCUGAGAAAUGAGGGAUACCGUAGCCCUGAGUUUUCCUCAGCAAGAUCCCAGUCCUAGAGCCGAGCAUGCCUGGAGGCAAGAGGAUACCCAGCUCCAUCUAUGGGCCCCAAGACCUGUUUGUUCCAGUGGGGCGCUCCCACCGCACAAGAACCCCCCCUUUCUGGAUGAGCCUUGGCAGCCACACAGAUGACCAAGACCCAGAGAUACUUGGCUGCCUGGGAACAUGCAAGGACAGCGCUGCCAACCCAGCCCCUGAGCCCCACAGAGGUUACCUGGUCACUGAGCAGGCACCAGAGCCAGCAGUGGGAGCGAGCCUAUUUCCGGGCCUGUGUAGGGGGGGUUGGGAAGCCACUCCUCCCCCACCUGUGGCUUCACUGGCCCUUUGGGACUUUCUCUCAUGACACUGCCUCAUUACCCUUGCAGCAAGCCAAGAACGCCUGAACCAGCACUUGGGAUCUGCUCUGGGGUUCAAGCUGGCCAUGCCUACCAGACAGCAUACCCAGUUCCACAGGGGUGUCAGGCUCUCCGUGAGGAUCCUGUCCCUUCCCUAAGGGUGCUCUCACCUGGCCCCAGGGUUCUGGAAGAUGGACGGUUUGCCUGACAGGGUUCACUGGCAGCAGGAGCCUCGGCUGUGAUGGGGUGCUGAAGCCUGUAGGAACCAUUCCACGUGAGCUGCAGUCAGACUGCGCUGUGUGUCCCCAGCACCACAGUGGCCCAGUGCUGCCAGGAAAGAUUAAGCUCACAUGACCCUCAACAGCAGCCCACACCCCCAUUCAGUUGUGAUGUGUUUCCAGAAUCGGGGGGAAUUUCCGUAUUUAUUAUUGCCCGUGCCUUGCCUUUCCCCUUUCAUCCUUAUCUCGUUGUGCUUAGAGGAGACCCCCAGCCAGGAACCAGCCUCCAGAAGCUAAGACCGAACCUGAACCUCCCUCGGCUUCCCCUUGGCUUCCAGGGGAAAGUUCACUGAAAAACUACCUUCUGGCCCCUUGUUUAUGCAGAGAUGACAACUUAGCGGGACAGGGGGGAUCUUUUUUGUACCAAAGCUGCUUCUGAAGCAGAAAGCAACAGGGCUCUCAGUGUUUCAUGCUGCCUUAUUUAUAUUAAAGGAAGAAUUAAAUUCUUGCAAGGAGUAGAAACUGGUCACAGUGUUUGUUUUAACUUCAGGAAGUCUGUGAGAUUCCCAGGGCAGAGUUGGGGAGCAGGGAGGGUUUCCUGUUGAUCAGCGGAAGCUUUCACUCCCUUCUGAUUCUUGGGCUUUCAGGAAACUUAAAAAAAAAUAACAAAAUAGAACAUUUCUAGCCCAUCUCUGAAGCAGCCUGCAGAGUUCCAGAAGGGGAACGUGGUGGCUGCCUGCACCAGACCCGAUUUCACAGAGCUCAAAGUGCAAACACUUGGGGACCUACAAGGAACACGCAGCUUGUGGUUUUUGAGGAAAGAGAUUAGCUUUUAAGUGGAGGCUUUAGUACAUGAGGGCAUUUAAUAGGCUUUCCCACAGAGGACACCCAGGCCUCUUUCUCUGAAGAAGCUCUCUCCUUUCCCAAGCAUGCUUGACCUCUCUGGGCAUCCGCUCACUGCUUGCUGCACCUCUUGACAACGCUGAAAGGAGUACAGCUAUGAGGCCAAGACAUCGAGUAGGUUGGGAAGGGCCAAAGGAUGGAAACACACUGCUCACUGGUCCAAAGGAGAAGCCAGCUUAGAGCCUGCUUCUCCGGCUGUGGCCCCGCACUACGUGCCUGGGUAUCACACGGGUGAAGGCUUCUGGCCACGCUGCAGACUUGAGUGAGUCUCUAAGAGUCCAACACAAGAAUCUGCAUUUUGCCAAGUUCCCCAGGUGAUUCUGAAAGCCCAAGAACCGCUGCUACCUGGGCGGGGAUGUUAAGGAUUAGGCCCUGCCUGAGAGAGCUUCUGAAAUAUGGAUAGGACCUGAGCAGGAAAAGUGUUCCAGCCAGAACCAUGGAGCGAGGGUGGGAGAGCAUGAUAGGUGCAGGCAACGUUGAAGUAGCAUCUGCUUUGUGCCAGCCGCCCUUCUAUGUGCACUUUCGUAUCUUAACUCAUUUCAUUCCCAUGUCAACCCUAUGAUGUGGGUGCUGUUAAAAUCCUCCCAUUUUCCAGAGGAGGACGCUGAGGCACAGAAGGGUAAGCAGCAAAGCCAGGGCUGAACCCACACAGGGCUGGUGUAUAUGUGGACAGAUAAUGAGAAGUUUUAGCACAUGAGUUUGAAGAUGUUGGGGCUGAUCACAGAAGAGCCUUCAAGGCAGAGCCAAGGUAAACCUGCACUUCAUACAACAAGCCGUGGUGAACCAUUGUUGAUUUUUGAGUGAGACAGUAACUAGAUUUACCCCAAACCUCAAAGUCCCUAGCUAUGUGAUCAGUGCUGUGUCAGGUGCUGCAGGGAUUUAUGGCCCACAUCCAGGGUGGGGUCGGUGGCAUCUGUGGCAGGGUCAGUGAAUGUCCCGGAAGUUCUAAAUGAAAUCACCCCAUAGGCUGUGAUUCAGAACAUUCUCAUGCUCCACGUGGUCUCCAUCUCAUGGGAUAGAGCUGGAAUGUUGUUUGGUUUGGCUUGCAGACCGGGAGCAGAGAGGGCCAAUGGCCACUUGCCUUGUCCCCACCCUACUUCACCCUCCUCUUGCCUUGCCCUGGGACCCCCACCCUGGGAAGGACAUCUUUUUGAGUUAACUUUUCUCAUUGCCAUCCAAAAAUAGCUUGUUUUUCUAAUUAGUUACUUUCUCUAUAUAUAAAAACAAUAGACUCAUAAUAAAAAAAUUCAACCAAUGACAGAAAAAUUAAGUAACAGACAAAAGCACCCACCCCUUACUUUUCCAGUCAUUACCCAGCCAGAACCAAGAUGAAGUCUCUUGUGUAUCCUUCCAAAAUUGUUCUGUGUAUGUAUCACAUGUGUACAUGCAUCCCUUUCCCUUUUAUAUAAAUUGCAUCCUACCAUCUAACUUUUCUUAGAUACCAUUUUUCAACAUUUGGUUCUACCCUAUUUUUCAAAAUAGCUGCUUACUAUCUCCCUGUAUGCGCAGACAUACCCUAAUUGACCCAGCCUCUCCUACUGAGGGACAGUUACAUGUCUCCACUUUUUUUGCUAUUACAAACAACACACCAGUGAACAUCUCAGGGCAUAAAGUCUGCUUUGAAGUGAUCCUCCCUCCUGGUCAUUGCUAUAAUAUGUACUCACCAACUUGGUACAUAUGGAUUCACCACCAAGUAUCUUACCGUAUUUAUUCCAUCAUUAUGACUCCAAAGCGAGGAAAAGGCAUUUUUAGCCAAGUACUGAACCACCCAGCUUGUGUUCUACCCUGGGUCAGGUGCUAUGUGGGGAAUAGAAGUGUAAGAAGAGGGAUCUGUCCCCAAGGACAUGAGUCUUUUGGGAAAGGCAAAACUGAUGGCCCAAAAAUAAGCCAGAGAACAGUAGAGAGUGUUAAGUCAUUGAAAGUGAAAUGAUGUGGCUCUUAAGGCCCGCAUGGCAAGAGAGAAUUCGAGGACCCCCAGGUCAGCUUUGAGUUUGGGCUAUAACAGUCUCAGCUCUCAGGAAAAGGUGAGGAGUCCUCCCAAAGAAAAUCAGAUCCACUUGAUUGUUUUCCUGUCCCCAGAUGGAUGUGUUCUGUUCAUUUGUGCUCAGGGCUACUUUGUUUCCUCCAGUACAAUGUGGGGCCCCCGCUUUCCUAGUGUAAGUGGCAUUUCUAUUCCUUUAA